AUGAAUCAUGCUAAUAAACUGGACUCGGGCAUCUGCCAGCAUAUUGCAGAUGUGCAAAUAAAUGCUUCUCAGCCAGAAACAAAUUUGCCAGCUGGAUAUCCCCCUCAGUAUCCACCAGCAGCAUUCCAAGUUCUAACAGGUUUUGAAACCAAUAACAAAUAUGAAUUAAAGAACAGCCUUGGACAGAGGGUUUACUUUGCAGCAGAAGAUACUGAUUGCUGUACCCGAAAUUGCUGUGGGUCUGCUAGGCCUUUUAACAUGAAGAUUAUUGAUAAUAUGGGCCAAGAAGUCAUAGUUUUAGAGAGACCAUUAAGAUGUACCUCCUGUUGUUGCCCUUGCUGCCUCCAAGAGAUAGAAAUCCAAGCUCCUCCGGGGGUUCCAGUAGGCUAUGUUAUUCAGACAUGGCAUCCCUGUCUGCCAAAGUUUACAAUUCAAAAUGAGAAAAAAGAAGAUGUACUAAAAAUUACUGGCCCCUGUCUUGUAUGCAGCUGUUGUGGAGAUGUUGAUUUUGAGAUUAAAUCUCUUGAUGAAGCAACUAUAGUUGGCAAAAUUUCAAAACACUGGACUGGACUUUUGAAAGAGGCUUUUACAGAUGCUGAUAACUUUGGGAUCCAAUUCCCUUUAGAUCUGGAUGUUAAAAUGAAAGCUGUGAUGCUGGGCGCAUGUUUCCUCAUUGACUUCAUGUUUUUUGAAAGAAGCGGAAACCCGGAACAGAGAUCAGGGGUGUGGUAG